UGAGUUAGCAGCUUGUCGGAAGAGGUGCGUUGAAUUAGAGCAACAGAUGAGGAAACUGGACGAGCAGUUGAAGCAGAGUGAGGAGGAGAAACGCCAGCUUCAAGCUGAUCUGGGAAGAUAUUUGUUCCUUGAAGAAAGAGAAAAGUGCAGUGGAAGACUCCUUGUUAGCCCAGCUUCAGUCCAGGAUCUCGGUCAGUGAAAGUCGUUAAAAAUAAUAAUUACCAGUAGCAGCUUGAGAAAAAGAACUACUUUCCUUUGGGCAUUAAAAAAAACUGUCCGGGAAAUGUCAGGGCGAAUUUUUAAUAAGGCCUUCGUGAAGUUUCUGACGAUGUUUUACAAUGGGUAGGGCUGAGUGUUUUGAAAUAGCAGGUGGAGGCAAUGCCUGAUUAUUGUGCUCAACAAAAAGUUAAAAUAGCAGCUAGUACUUUCUCUACCAAGGCUGCAAAUAACAGGCAGUCAUCGCACAAUGGCCUGAGACAAUUUUUUCCAGGUCCAAUGAAAUCUCAACCAUCGUCAGACAUUAUGUGCGGCUUUUAAAUCAACAACUAUGAUCCUGCUGAAAAUGAGUUUAAUUUGUCUUGAGCAAUUAAACAGAUCAAAACUCCUCACUUGCUACCUCUCUCUAACUAUGAAUCAGAUAUGAAACUGAAAUGAACGAAAUAAAUUUUGAGAUAAUGUCAUGUCAGACCACAUUUUUGAUUUAUUCAGGUAAAAUGAUGAUUUAGUCGGACAUCUGUCCUUUGAAGAAACGUUAAUAGAUUUGUAGCCCCGAUCAUAGUAAUGGUUAAAUAUGGUUCAAGUAGCAGACGUGAUAUGAAGACAUGUUUAUGCGCUUGCUGAGGUUAGACUUCUUUGAGUUUAAGUGGGAAACAUAUUAGCCAUUUAUUUGUAGGCAGUAUAUCUCUGCAACUCAUUUAUGUUAAAUGUUUUGGAACAUUUUCUGACUUUUUCUUUCAGUAUCAGACCACAAUUCGGUGGACCACAGUUUAUCAGCGAGAAAAAAUCAAUUGUAUAAUGCUGAAAAACCACCUGACUCCAUGACUGCGCAAGGUGGUUUGCUGGCAAACACACCUGACAACGAGCAGCAAAAAAAUGAUGCAACUAUGUUUCCAUCUUCAAGAAAUCCUGUCCAUUUGCAAGGCUGUAAAGAAAAUGAUCAAUCUUUAAGAGCAGAGGAAACAGAUCACUGUGAAAACCUAUCUUCAAUUUCAUCCAGUUACAGCUCAACCAUUUCUUCUGCUGCACUUACUACAGAAGCACUGUCUGACCGGUCUUCACAAGCCUCAGUCAAUUUAAUGGAUGGUUUACCAGUGUCAGCAUCAGUCAGUUCUCUUUCGUUUUCAAAUAAUGGCGCAUUCUCAAGCGACGUGGGUCAGUCGUUGGUUAGCGCAAAUGGAGUAUCAAACGGGGAAGAUGAUAGAGUGGAAGGAGCGUGUUCUACCAAUGGAGAAGAAGAAGGGCUAAAAGGAUCUUUUGAUUUAUUUGGUAGAGACCAUGGAACAGUGCAGGUAGCUGUCACAGGUACUUUCUUCGAAGCAAAAACAAAUGGUUUAAAUAAUUCUGGUCAUGGUCUUGUCAGAACUCAAGGUGGUACAAAUGGAGGAAAUAUUUCUUACCCACAAGUUGUCGUUCCAGAUGUUGAGUUGACCGUUGGCAGACCUUCAGGUGGAACGGAUUGGGAGCGCCAAGGUGUUAGGCCAAAACAAUCGAAACAUUCAGAAGAGAGGCAGCUACCAAGAGAGUGCCUGGUCCAAUUUAGUGACAUUUUAGCAAAUGGUGUGUCAGAACAGUCGGCAGAGAACUCAGUGUUUGCAGAAACCUCCGUUGUUGAACCAGUUCAUAGGGAGGAGGAUAAACAUGAACGGUUUGUAGGGAAAAGAGGAAGCAGCAAACAAAGAGCCAAAGAAAGGAGACAAAAGGAAGAUAUGGAGAAGCAGAAAGCUGCAAGUUGGCCACAAACAUCCAGAACCCAGCGUGAUAGAAUUGUGGAAGACAUUCCUUUGUUACGGCAAGGUGCCUCUCCAGAUGCAAGGGGGACAGUAAGGGCAAGAGACUGGGAACGUGAAGGUGCGAAACUAAAGCAGGCCAGCAAGCAAGUUCGUUCCAAGGUGGUACAGAUACCAAAUGAUCCUCUUGUCCCACAGUUCGCUGAUUCUUCAACAGAGAGCUCAAAUGACCCAUUACUUUCUGAAGAACAACGUGUUCAAAGAACUGUAAGGGAAGGGGAGCAACGUGAACAGUUGGAAGGAAAAAUAAAAAACAACAAAGAAUGGCUGAUGAGAGAACAGAGAGCUAGAGAAAGAGGGGAGAGAAAAGUAAGGGAGAUGCAAGAAGCUGAAAAGAAAUCACAAGAAGAAACUGCGGCAUGCUCACAGCAUCAGCGUGAAUAUUAUUAUAGCCAAUGUUCAUUGACUUCAUCAAGAACCCAAGGCAUUGUGGGAAACAUUCCCUGGUCACAGCAAGAUACCUUUGUAGAUGGAGGAAGACCAUCAACAGCAACUUAUCGAGAACAUGAUGGUUUAGCUGAUGAAUUCUUGUCAAGACACACCCAAGAUAAGGCUCUUUAUGACAGUCUAUAUCAGAACACUAGCACAGAUGUGUCGUUGCGCAAUGGCAUUUCAGCAGAGGGAACUUCCCAUAUAGACGGUUAUGUAUCACAUUCCGACAGACGUAAUCCAUACUUUGGGGAUAGCCAAGCUACAUCUCAGACUGGUGGUGAGCAGAGUACCGGUCACAGAGCUCAAAACCCAACUUUGACUCUUAGAAAUGUAAACAGUGCUGCAGGCAAUGAGAAUGCAAGAGAUGAUCUAUGUGAAUAUAUGCUGAAUCAGUCUGUUUCUCUUUCCAGUCCGGGUUUUUCUUCUGUAACAGGACUUCACUCUUCAGCAAGACGUCAGGGGGCAAUGCUCUGUGCCCCAUCUAAUGCAGCUAUGAUUGGUGGUGAAGUGUUGGCACAAGAAAAUGCACCUGUUUGUGAACCUGUUCGUGAACCACGUUCUGGUGGUGCAAACAACAUCAGAGGUGCUUCCAUAAGAGAUUAUGUUCCCGACUCUCUAGACACAACAGGGAACUUAUUGGCAUGGGUGCCACAGCAACAAGACCCAUCUCAGCAAUGUUCCAGAGGGGUAAGUGAAAUGUGGUCAUUUAGUUCAGACCUCGUGAUCCUUCUCUUUAGUUAAUGUUCAACAAGAAUGUCCAUUGCUUGAUUUGAUGAGAAAGCAAGUUUGUAAAGGCACGCCUUCCAUCUUUGAAUCUUUUAUACCUAAACAGCUUGAUCGUUACUGUACACAUAGACUGAACGUAACUAUAAUAUCAAUUAUAAAAAAGAAGAAAAAGUGUCAUUCAUGAUCAUCAGUUUUUCUAACUGGUGGUCGUUUUCUGAUGAGUUUAGCAUGAAAAGAUCAAGAGAAUAAAAAAAAGAUAAAAAACCGCUAAUGGUUGUCCAUCGUAAGCCAAGAAAUAGCCCUCUAGCUCGUGUCAAAGAGUUUCAGAGCACAGAAUUAUCCAAAUCUAUCUCUUCAAUAUUUACUCAAUUUUGCGUGUACGUUAGACAACUAUAAAAGUUUUCAGGGAACAUAAAAUGUAUGGAUUAUAUAGUACACUGACCCAUUGCAGCUCUGAAUUCAUUUCUGGGAAAUCUAUCCACGAAGUUUGAUUGAAUCGCUGUUUUGUGAAAGUAGCCUGACAAAACACAAAAAAGAGCCCAACAUUGUGUUUUACCCUGAUUCAUAUAUUUUCGUGUUUUCCAAAAUCGCGCAAGUCUACUUGCUUCCUGCGCUUUGAAGAAUGCAUAAGGGGCAUUUUUUAAAUGAAUGAGUGGUGAAAACUUUCUGGAAACUUCCAAGAAGUAGCAAAUUGGUUUGCUUAAAGUCCAGUCUUCAGUUCACGCACAAAUUAUACCCUUCACGUGGAAAUUCCAAGAUACCUCGAAAUUCUUUCUACAUAUUUUUGUGAAACUUCGCAGAAGGUAAGCACCCAGAGUUGUGGGUAAGGGCUGAAAUUUGACUUAGAGAUAAAACAGUUGUGACGUCAUUGUCACGUGACAUUCAUCUCUAUCUCGAAAAAGUUAACAUCUUAAUAUGGUUCAAUCUAUGUGUAAUCCAUGUGUUAAGGUCUAUUUACUAUAAAGAUCAAGCUGUUUAGGUAUAAGAAGUUCAAAGAUGGAAGGUGUGCCUACAGAAAUUCAGGGUCGAGCCACCUUAAAGAUUAACAGUGAAGUGAAGCGAAGUAAAGUAAUCUAAUGUAAAGGAAAGCGAAGUAACUUAAAGUAAGUACUAGCUUUUUCGUUUUAAAAUUCAGUAUAUGCUACACAAAAGGCUUGUUAGCGGCCAAGGAUGAAAAAAGUGGCCAUAAACAUUCUUCCUGUUGAAUCUGGUCUCUCCACAUGGUCCCCACCGACUUGAAAGGCAGUUAUUGGGCUCAUCAAUUGGCCAUGAAUUAAAUAUUGUACCGUUAAUAUUGGUACUUUAAAUAUGGUUUCCAAAUAUAAUUUUUGAAGGCGAAGGAAAAAAUCGUGGAAUUUUAUUUCGAGUCAGGGAAAACUGGGGAUUGGGUGCAAUAGUUGAGUUUGAUCAAUCAAAGCAGAGCUUUGGCGGUAGUUUCACUUGAUAAAUUUUUCAUAUUUUAGGAGUGGAUCACCUGGCUACUUGCUUUACUGGAAAAGAGCCUUAUUUAUUUAUUUAAUCGCUUUCACCAUGAUUACAAUGCUAAAAAAGACUAGGGAAAAAACAAUACAUUUGAACAAGACACAAAAACGAGCGACGAAGGGGCUGGACACACAAAAGAGCGAGGUUCAAAAUUAAGGGUGCCUUUAGUCUUUGUUUAUUAAUACAAUGUUUUUUCACCUUUCUUGAAAGUGACAAGUCUGUUGUUAAACUCAUGAAAGACCUUCUUGAGAUCAAAGUGACCUUUAGAAGUGUUAUAAUUUCAAUUCUUCUUUCUUUGCUUAUUAAAUUGUUAAAAGGCAGUGGCGGGUCUGACCCGGGUCCCCACCUGUUUUGGUAGCUAAACUAAAACCCGCAGGGCCGAGGCUGGGGCCCCCUUCUAUCUUAAAGAUCUUAAACCGCCCCUGAAUGCUUAGGCAGUCUUCUUUGUUGACUAUCGUUGUUGCUGUCUGCUUUUAAUAAAGGCACCCACCUUGAAUUGUGCGAUGUGUGGCCUGUGUAUUUAUGGACAGUUAGAGGGAACAUCUCACCAAUGUCAAACAGAUGAUUGCUGUAUUUGCCUGGGGGUAAGUUGGAAUUCUUUUUUGUCGUGCUUAACUUUCAUAAAACAGUCGACUGAGUGUUGUUUUCACCGCGGUAAUAGCGAGUGUGAUCUUUAGUGGCGCGUAAGUUCUCUGUAUCACAUAAGCUUUCAAGUAACAUAAAAGGCGUAAUGUCACUAUGAUUGAGUGUUUCUUGAAUAUCUAACAGAAGUAAGUUUAUUAUACAGCUGCUUCUGCGAGCGGGCAAGUUGAAGUUAAUCCCAUGUUUUGACUGGCUAUUCGAGCAGGCAAGUGAGCCUGUCUUGUGCGCUCGGGAUUUCCAGUGACACUGAUAAUGAUAAUGAUAGUAAUAAUAAUAAUGAUAAUGAAUGAUAGUAAUAAUAAUAAUUCCUUUAUUUACCCUCGGCAGUAUUAAAGCGUAAAGGCUGGUGGGGCCAAGCAAAUGGCUGAAACAAACAAUUUAAAUCAAACAUGAAAGGGUUUAUAAGAAUUCCAACGGGACGAAGGCAGACCUGUUGGCUAUUUACAACCUUUGUUGGACUAACGACCCUGAAACAAAUCCGGUUAGUGGUCAGGGCGGGACUUGAACUCAGGAACGCCCAAUAGCAAGUGCUGCUCACUAGCCGCUCGGCCACACUACGUCCUCAAUUUCUGAGAGAAAAAGUCAUGACGAAGCCGCUUUUGGUGCAAGUGUCAAUUGUUUAUUGCGCCUCUCUGCCUCACCUUUGGCUUCUUUGCCCAGCAAUGGCCGUUCCUAAAGCUGGUAGAGGGGAGGGAGGGUGGAUGUUGUCACCUUCAGGGUUCGUCUUGAAUUCUUGAAAAAGUCUUGAAAUUUGCAAAGCAAUUUUCCAGAACUGGAAAAGUCUGGAAAAUAGAGAUAAAGUGUGGAAAAAAGGUAUAACAAAUAUUUAGUAAGUGAAUUUAUUUUCCCAUGGUCAAAUCUUAGUCAAUCUCGACCGUAGCCAAGACAUUCAAUUACAGAAUGAAAAUUUUCAGAACUCUCUUAUGUCCAUUGCACCAUGGCUACUGCACUUGUGCGGGGCAUCAUGAGCAAAGCUUGGUUUCUGCGCUUUUGAAGGUCUCUGUUGGUCACCUAUUUUAUGACGUUGAGUAUGGAAAAAGUCUUGAAUUUUGGAUCCAAAAAUCUGUACGAACCCUGAAAGUAAGCGCCCCCGCCCCUUAUGGCGUUGGCUCGGCAAGAAAAACGUUCUCGUGACCGUAUAAUAAAUCCUUUAUUAAACUUCUUCAUUGACCAAGCUUGUUCGGUCAAGGUGACUGGAGAUCGGCCUUGUAUUUUUUGUGUGUGUGUGUGUUUUUUUAAUGGACCUCGAUUUCGCUCGAUCCGAGCACACAAAACAAUUCGGUCAAUGUUCAGCCAUCUUGACCUCACGCUUGGUCAGUGACGCAUAUAUGUAUCAACGCCAAUUUACUAAGAAUGGCCUGAUCUUUCUAAAUGUUACCAUACUCGUAUAUGGAAACUGUUAUAAAUAUUUUCUCUGACUUAGGAAAGCUUUAAACUUUCUGGUCAUCGUUUUCGAGUUUGACAUGUAACAAAUUAGUACUAAAAAUACAAGUUGUACCCUGUAACAGGGGCUCUCCUUGUAAGCCCAAAUGGGACUUUAAAAACUUAAUUUUAUUUAUUUGCUUAUAAUGACGUAGAGGGGAUUGCGUGACCAUUGUAUCAGGAUGGUAAAGCUUACUUGACCGCUUAGGGCGAAGUCGAAGGAUUGCUAUCUGUGCCCCAUAACUGUAAAAGCAAAUAUAAGGAUAUGUGCAAUUUAGAAUUUUAUGGUUAGGGGAGGGGAAGGUCGGGAAUAUCUUCAGAAGGCACGCGAGAGGGGACGCGUUCUUGCGUGGCUCGGUUCGCUCGACACUCGAAAUGGAUAGCUUGCUCUCAGGCUAAGAAUCUUAAGCUACGUGAAAACGGACACAACAACUCCCGACAAUGUUGGGAGUUGUUGGCCAAAAAUGUUGCGUCCGUUUGCAGGGGGCUAAAAGUUUCACCGGUUUCAAACUUUGCGAAGCAACAUGCAACAGGAUGUGCAAAUGGACGCAACAUGUAACUUCCAACAAUGUUGGGAGUUAAUGAUAUAUGAAAUAAAUCAUAUAUGAACAGCGGAAAUGAAAUGAAAAUGAAGAAAUGAUCGUCGCAGUGAACGCAAUUUGUGCAAUUGCGUAAAGAAGCCUGAAAAAAUUUCAGGACUUCAACGGGGUUUGAACCCGUGACCUCGCGAUUACCGGGGCGAUGCUCUACCAACUGAGCUAUGAAGCCACUGACGUUGGGAGAAGGUCAAUUGUGGGUUCAUAUGUUCCCGUGAAAGAAAUGAGUGUUAAUGAUAUAUGAAAUAAAUCAUAUAUGACCUGCGGAAAUGAAAUGAAAAUGAAGAAGUGAUCGUCGCAGUGAACGCAAUUUAUGCAAUUGCGUAAAGAAGCCUGGGAGUUGUGGGCCGACAAUGUUGCGUCCGUUUGUACGGGGCUUUAUAGGGAAGAUAUCUGUUUACAAACAAACCUUUUUGUUAUUUAAAUGUGCCAAACUCUGAAACAAAAAAUCUUUUGUUUUAAGAGCCAAUAAUUCUCUGGUUGGCACAUUGAUAUCAAUCGGUAGGUGACGUCAGCCAUAUCUACGCUACACUGAUCCUGAAGGGACAUCUUUUUGGCUUGACCGUAAUCUCUUACUCAUUUGUUUCAUCAGUGCCUGGGUUGCUUUACCUUACAACUUUACGUCUUGCUCUUUCCUUAAGACUUUAAAAGUAAAGUUAAGGUUUUUUUCCGUAAGAAACAUUACUAUCUUAUCUGGAAAAUAAAAUUAAGUUAUCCAGGACACACUAUAAACUUAUUUGCACUGAAUGUCGUAUAACAUGCUGUUUUUAUGACCACUUUGUUAUCAUUUCUUGUGGUGGUGUAGCAUUGUAUGAAGGUCUAUGGCCUACUGAUAUUGAGUCCAUUUUAGUUCUUAUAAUAAAUUUGUCCAUAAAUUGAUUGUAGUGUUGUUCUCAGUUGAUAGAUCCAUCGAUCAGAUGCGUCAUAUUGCCAUGUUGGCACAGGGUCCACAUCGAAUGUGCUAAUGAUUGGAUUCAACGUGGCAAGUAAGUCUUAAAAUUCUCCUCAACGCAUUCUUAUCUGGUUUACGUCCAUCCGUUCUUUUUUGCGUGAGGAAGUAUUUUUUUUUUAAUUGCCCGGCGGACAGGUUAGUUAUAAGCAGUUAAAUCAUUUAAGGAAAGUGAGGGCAAUGAAGUACUUGCGAUUUUUUAAGUAGUCGCGGUCUUGCCUCGUUAGUCAAAGCAUGAUCGACCAUAGACCACUGGCUUUUCAUGUUUAUUUUCCAAGCAUAGUUUGAUGAUUUUCAAGCGGUCGGUGUGAUGGUCAAUAGACCACUUUCUCGUUUUCGAGAUGGUUUCAAUGUAAAAAUAAUGUAUAAUAACCUAGAUAAUGUACUACAAGGUAAAAAAUGUGCAUUAUUUUUAGUCUACUCAAGGCUCCGGGUUAUGCCUUAUCUGUGCAUUUAAAUUGACAGAGCCUUCCACCUUGUUUUUUGGAUCACUUACUAGAAAUAACAUUUGUGUAAGGUGCAAAUCCACUCGCAAACUGGUGUUAACAGUUUAUUUGGACGAAACAAACCAAUCCGUACAAACAAGGAUAUAUAUACUUCGGACGAGUCCAACCAAUCCGUACAAACAAGGAUAUAUAUUCGUUGUCAAGCGUUAAAACGUCGUUACUUCGGGUAAAUCGCUCCAACUGAUAUAUCGAGAAACUCCGUACAACAACCAAAAAAACUCAUCACGUGAUCUAAAAGGGCGGGAAACAAGAAAACAGGGAACCCAGCCGCAUCAAUUUGCUUACGUAUCUGCAAGUGUAAGAUUUGUGGCAGCACAGAAAGAUGUAGAUUGAUUGUGUGCUUGGUGUCCUAGGAGGUUUCAAAGGGGAGAGCCUGAGGAAAUACCCAGGCGUCGUAAUUACUAACGUCUGACGUUCAGCUCAGUCAAACUCUUUGCUUAAACAUCAGACGGUCUGUUAUGUCUGAUAUUUAGCAAUUAGGCUUCCGUAUGAUCUGAAGAAAUGCAGAUCUUGGAGGGUGUUAUUGGCCGCGACGGAUAACACUCACCGAGAUCACUAUAAUCCUUCAGAUGAUACGAAAGCCGAAUCCAAUUUUUUUAUAUUCAUUUAAAAUAACUCAAUAUACUUUAAAAACAAGCUAAAACAUGCUUACCUCGAUCGAUGUUAAGUUUUCGUCUGCAUUUGCCUGUGUCUCGGCAAACUCUGGAGAUAAAGAAAUGCUUGGUAUGGGAGAUAUUCUUCACAACUAGCUACACAACAAAACUCUUAGUCUAGUUUUGUUCUUGGUGUUAUUCCAUGUUUUUCAGAAACAAGUAAAAAAUAACGCGGAUAAGAGCGAACGACGUUUCGGUGUCAUCUUGACGCCAUUUUCAAGUUCAAAGUGAUUGCUGAUAAAGACGAUAAACUGAUAAAAAGUUUUUCUGGCUGAUGAUUAGAAUAUAUGAAAUAUGCAAAGUCACGCAAAACGUUUUGCUCGAAUUGAGUCCGAUUGGUCGCUUAGAGAACGUGGUAGUUCCCUAAUUAGCAACAUUUCGUGCCCUAAACAAUCGAACUUCUUAUUGCACUUCUUAAGGACAGAGAACUGUUUGUCAAGAUCUUUCGGGACAGUAGAGUGUUUAUCCUUAUAAUGUUUGCCAAUGGAGGAAGACAUAUUUUUGUGUUCAACCACGCGCUGAGUACCUCAGAGUAUAACCUACAUAACUUGCAUCAAACUAGUCACAUUGAAAUUGGUAAACUACACACUGUUGGUUUACAGUGGGUGGUUUUUUCUCAUGAACUUUAAGUACCUCCUGGAUUUUGUGGCUAGCGAAAACUGAUUGAACGACUGUGUGAAUCUUCUGGCUUAGUUCUCUAUGCUUUUUACGAACUAAAUCUGCUGAAGCUUGGUCUUUAAAUGGCAGGACUCACUAUACGAACUGGAGGGCUCUCUGCGGGGGCAGGUUUCGGUGGCUGGUCUUCCGCCUUUAAAGCAACAGAAUCCCUGAUGGUACUAAUGAUAAGACUUAGCGGAUAUUUAAGCCAGAAAAAGAUUCGUCUCAAUCGGUCACACUCAACAGAAAAAUACGACCAGCAAGCCGAUAAGCGAUAUGCACGAUCAAGCAUGGUUUUCAACCGCCCACGUUUACAGCGCAUAUCAACAUGGCUGUGGUUGUGGAGCAAAAGUCCCGUGUUGGUAGGUUUGACGUAAACUUUGGUCUCGAUUUGUGGUGCUCUGUUCUGGCGAGCAGUGGCCCAAGUGGUGAGCCCAUGGCGACUCCGUCGACCUAUUCGUAGAGUUGCCCAUCGAACUGGAACAGUUGGUCUUUAGUGGCUGCUUUUAGAAGGUCAACAAGGUCCACUUUGCUGAGGUUCAAGUGUUGUUGAUAAAGGCUUUGUCGGCUAGUAUCUGGAUGGUUUCAUCUAGGGGCACGUUGGCAAAUAGUGAGGUAACAUCGCACGACACAAGAAUAUCUUCGUUGUUGAUUUUUAGUUCCCGAACUUCGUAGGCAAACUCACAGGUGUCAGUUAUUGUGUACUGGUUGUUGGCCAACGGCUGUAAUUUCUUCUCCAACCAAAUCGCCAACCCAUAGUUGUACGUUUGUGUGGGAGAUGAGAUGGGGUCACGUAGCCAAAUGUUUUUUGUGGGUUUUGGGCAGCCAACCGGGAGCCUGUGAGGCGCACGGAAUCAGCUAUAGGUUUGGGUAGAAUUCUGCGGACUAUAGAUUCCAGAUCUUCUCCUUCUGUAGGCGGAGUGGAUGGUAGUGUUUGGGUUUUGUACCCUCUAGCCUUCGGCCUCUCGGGAUCGCUCACUCUGAAUUUCGUUGUAUCAUUAAUGUAUGCCUCGCGUAACAAGCGUAGAUAUUCCGACUUAUCCAUUAUGACUACUCCUGACCUUAAGUCCGGUUUUAUGAUGACAAUAUCGUCACGUCGUUUUAAUUUGUGGAUGGCUUUAAGGAGUGACUUUGCGGAUUCGGGUCCUCUCCGAUGGGUGUAGAUAAGUGCUACAGAUGGCAGGGUUGCUGUUGAAAACUCUUUAGUGUCAUAAGGCAGAUUAGGCUCGAGCUUCCUAAAGGCUUUUUCAAAGCUUGUCUUCACUUCAUUGGAGGAUAUCCUAUGUUUUCAGGUCGUAGUUAGGCUAUUUCUUCUUUGCAAAACGUGUGAAAUUUUCCGAUAUCUUUUUGCACCUCAACCAAAACAGCUGAGCUAACGCAAACCCUGCCCCAGGGUUUCUUGGUUUUCGUUCCUUUUUUCGUUUGCUGGAUUACACAAAUUCCUUCCAAAUUUGGUCAAUGCUAGCUGGUUAUGAAGAAUUAACGGGAGAUUUGAACCAAUCAGAUACAGAAAAAUGUUUUGAAAGAAUAGUAAGAAUAGGUCUUAUGUAAGUGGCCGCAGGUCUUUAUUAUGGACGCCAUACAGACCUCAUGAUUAACGCUGUUAUACAUUAAAAAUAAUCAAUCUUGUGUUUAAUUCCUUGCAGUGAUACCUGUCCGGUAUGUGGACAUUCUUUGUUCGACCAACCAGCCGAGGAGUAAGGACUUCAUCAUUAUGUAUUAUCAUAGUUGUUUUAUUAUUCAAUCAAAAUAUUUCCAAGCUCAGAAUAUGCCCACUUCUAUGCAUUUGCCUGCACUUCGGAUAUGAAGAAUGUUAUUGUAGCAUAUAUUCUUCAUAUAGCAGUCUUCCCGAGUGUUUGAGGCAGUAGCUCAGCUAUUUCGCCCUCGCAUAACGUGUGAAUUCUUCCGCCAUUUUUCCAACUUUGCACUGCCAAAAACAGCUGAGCCACCAAGCCGCUUCGUUGCGUGACAUCUGUGCGUCUUCUUUUCAGUCGAUAAAAUUACGAUUGUACGAUUGACUUCAAUUGUAAAUUAACGACAAACACCUUCCAAAUGUGGUUAACGCUAACUGUUGAUGAAGAAUUAGGCCUGUCAGAAAUGGACAAAUAUUUUGAGCGAAUAAUUAUGUCUGUUGUUGUGCAUAAAUUAAAGUUUUAAUUGGUGUCCUGUACGGUUAACAUUAUAACCUUUUGAGACUCAGUCUUUAAUUUUUUACCACUACAAAGAUACUAUAAAUAUUCUAUUGAUCAAAAAUAUUGACUGAAAUAUUAACUGAACUUUGUGUUGGUUUACCGCCGUUUAAUAGCCCGCGCGUACUACAGGGAGAACUCAAUUAAUUCGAGACUUAAGAGCCCUUAGAGUGUUUUCUUUAACCUUCCAACAAGGUUUUUUCUUGCCGGUAAACCGUCUGCCUCGUCCUCAUACGCUGGCAGUAAGUUAAGGGAUGCAAGUUCUAAACUGGGUAUGUGGAAGGGGUACCAUUUGAUAGAAGGUAUACGAAAG